AAACUCAAGGAACCUAAUCUGGGAUCUACUUUUUCUAUGAAAACUUCAAGGAGAGUCCAUCACAGAUAAGAUAAUGCACCCUUUGCCAACAAAGGCAGGAGCUUUAAAGGGAGUGGUUUGCACAGCUGUGGGACAGCAUUGUUGUUCAGACACCUCCGAGUGUUUGUUUGUUGCUCCGUCUGCAAGCAUGGCCACAGACUUUUCCAGGAAUGCAGAGGAGAGGCCGGAGCCUCAAAAGGCAGAAAUAAUAGGGAACAUUCCCAGUUGGUUACAGGGCACACUGCUGCGAAAUGGCCCCGGCCUCUUCUCUGUGGGGGAAACCAGUUACCAGCACUGGUUUGAUGGGAUGGCAAUCAUCCACAGCUUUGCCUUCAAAGACGGUGAAUUGACCCACAGAAGCAGAUUCCUCCAGAGUGACACCUAUAAAGCCAACAUGGCUGCAAACAGGAUAGUUGUGUCGGAAAUGGGCACAAUGGCUUACCCAGACCCGAGCAAGAACUUCAUUUUCAAAGCAAUCACCUUUCUCAACCACACAGUGCCUGACUUCACUGACAACGGCGCGAGCAAUAUCAUCAAAUAUGGAAACGACUACUACGCCACCUCUGAAACCAACUACAUUCGCAAGAUUGAUCCUGUAACACUGGAGACUCUGGACAAGGUGGACUACUUGAAGUUCCUGCCUGUGAACUUGGCCUCAUCCCAUCCACACUACGACAAGGAGGGCAAUGCCUACAACUUUGGAACGGCAAUAGCCGAGAGGGGAAAGACGAAAUACACUCUGUUCAAAGUCCCUGCAGCUUCAGAGGAAGUGGACGUAAGAAAGCCCGUUCUGAAGAGCGCGGAGGUGUUCUGCACAGUUCCCUGCCGCUCCCUGCUCACACCGAGCUACUACCACAGUUUUGGCAUGACGGACAACUACUUCAUCUUCAUCGAGCAGCCUUUCAAACUGGACAUCGCCCGGAUGGCCACUGCAUACAUGAGGAGAGUCAGCUGGGCCAGCUGUAUGAAGUUCUGCCCUGAGGAAAAUACUCUGAUCCACCUGAUAAACCGACAGACGCGCAAAGUGGUCGAGACAAAAUACUACACUGGACCAAUGGUCGUCUACCAUCACGUGAACGCUUUCGAAGAGGACGGUCACGUGAUCUUUGAUGUCAUCGCCUACAAUGACAACAGCCUUUAUGAUAUGUUCUACCUGAGCAAGCUGAAGGACAACGCCGGCUUCCAGGACAACAAGUAUUUCAAGCCAAGCUACCGGAGAUUCGUGCUUCCCACCUACUCGGACAAGGAUGUUGCCAUUGGCGAGGACUUGGUGAAACUCAAGUACACCACAGCCAGCGCAGUGAAGGAGAAAGACGGCAAACUCCUGUGCCAGGCAGAAGUUAUGUGUGAAGGUUUUGAACUACCCAGAAUUAAUUAUGACGUCAACGGCAAGAAAAACCGCUUUGUCUAUGGGAACUGCGUGGCACAAUCUGCACUGGCAAACAAGAUUGGCAAGUUUGACACCGAAACCAAGAAAACUGUUUACUGGAAUGAAGACAACUGCUGGCCGUCAGAGCCGGUGUUCGUCCCCAGACCAAACGGAGAGUCAGAGGAUGAUGGUGUGGUUUUAGUAUCAGUCAUCAACUCCAACCCAGGCCAGUCGGAUUUCAUUCUGAUCCUCGACGGCCGAACAUUCAAGGAAGUAGCAAGAGCAAACGUCAACACCGAGCUCCACAAGGACGUGCACGGAUUCUUCAUUCCACAAGUAUAUUAAGUCACUUGUAUAUACAGUAUAUGAUGAUGCCUGCGGAAAAGUGAUCCACUACAGUAUGACACACACACACACACACACAUCUCUUUGAGUAAUGAAGAACACUUGUGUUGUUUCGUGUAACGAGGAUCCACAUACUGAAGUUUAUCUCUCUAAAAUCACUUGGAUUGUAACUAAACAUUAUUUUUUAUAGCUGAUUUGUUGAAGCGUGUACAUAUAUGUGUUUUUAUGUAGUCAUGCCAUGACUGUUUGUGAGUUUGAAGUAAAUACAUGUAACCAACCCCCCCAAGAUUUUACACAUUCUCUUUGGGUGCAAUUUGUCCUUUGUCACUUUGCCCUCAGCGAGCGUCACCUUGCAAUUUAUCUCGGAGUCUAACCUGUAACCCGAGCUUAACACUGUUGAUAGGUGGAGCUACGUGAUUUGAGAGAUUAUCAGUACAUGAGAGCUUUCUCUCUGAGAAGUGGGUUUGUUGUGUCACAGCGUCUUCAUGUACUUUGUCAUAAAAGCUUAUACUGAAAAUAAGUUAGCACACAUUGCAUAUUAAGCUUUGAAAAAGGAGGAACAUGUUAAAAUGAGCAGUAACACAGACCUGUAAGUUAUUAGUCGAUUACAAGGAAGCAAAGGGAGCACAUGACCCCUUGAUUUUAGAAGAUUUUAGAGCUUUGCAAGGCCAAGUCCUGCCUUAUAUUUUCCAAUAUCCUUGUGCCAUGCUCCCCAGCACACAACAAAAGUUCUUGAUGGCUCCUCGUACCUGUUUUAAGACUCACAGAAACUCGUUUCCAGGCAGCAGCCCUCCGGUUAUUGAACACACUUCUCUUGCCCCUGCGCUGUAUGGACUCUGUUGAUAUCACAUAUAUAUAGAUAUCCAUAUAUAUCUUUAUAUCUCUCUAAUUUAACCCUAUUUACUUAGGAUUGAUUUUUAAUUUGUGUAUGACAACUGUGCGUAGUGUUUGUCCUUGCUGUAGUAUUUUAUUUAUGGUUGGACAGCAUUUUGUGAUUUUU